UUUCAGACAUAACAUAACAGCUAACAAACAUCCAAUUCACUUCCACUUCUCCAAAUCUUCACCAUGUCCUCCUCCACCACCACCGACCAACAACCAUUCUCCGACUCCGAUUCCGACUCCGACCACCCCCACCACCGCCACCACCACUCCGACCUCUCAAACUCAAUUUUCAAAUCCUACUUCGACCACACCAACAAAAACACCCAAUCACCCACCUCCCAAGACCUCAUAAAAAUCCAAUCCUUUCUAACCUCCUCAUCGGCCGGAGCACUGUCCUGCCUCAUUUGCCUCGAACGGAUCAAACCCUCCGAUCCUACUUGGUCCUGCACUUCAUCAUGCUACGACGUUUUCCAUCUCCUCUGUAUUCAAUCAUGGGCCCGCCAAUCCUCUGAUUUAGCCGCUUUACGCGCCUCCACGCGCCUCCCAAUAUCGGCGGAAAAAGCGGCGGAAACUUCCACGUGGAAUUGCCCCAAAUGCAGAUCAGUUUUUGCAAAAUCUCAAAUACCCAGAAGCUAUUUUUGCUUCUGUGGUGAGGUUGAGAAUCCCCCAUUUGAUAACCCUUGGAUUUUGCCACAUUCUUGUGGAGAAAUUUGUAAUAGGCCCUUGAAGUUUAACUGUGGGCAUUUCUGUUUGUUGCUUUGUCAUCCUGGGCCUUGCCCUUCUUGUCCUAAAUUAGUUAAAGUCAAGUGCUUUUGUGGUAAAAUUGAGGAUGUUAAAAGAUGUGGGUUUAAGUUUUUUUCUUGUAAUAAGAAAUGUGAGAAGUUGUUAGAUUGUAAGACUCAUAGGUGUAAUGAGAUUUGCCAUGAUGGGGAUUGUCCUCCAUGUGAAGCUCAAGGCGUUUAUCGAUGUUUUUGUGGGAGGAAAAAGGAGGAAAGGAAGUGUUUUGAGAGAGAUUUUCAAUGUGAAAAUCCGUGUGAGCGAAUGCUCGGUUGCGGGAAGCAUGUGUGUGAGAGAGGGUGUCAUUCAGGAGAGUGUGGGAAGUGUCCUCUCCAAGGGAAGAGGAGUUGUCCAUGUGGGAAAAGGGUUUAUGAAGGAAUGGCCUGUGAUGUGAUUGCCCCGGUUUGUGGCGGUACUUGUGAUAAAACGUUAAGUUGCGGUUUUCAUAGGUGUCAUGAGAGGUGUCAUAAAGGACAAUGUAUUGAAACUUGUAGACGCGUUGUUACUAAGUUAUGUCGGUGUGGAGGCCUCAAGAAAGAGGUUCCUUGCUAUCAAGAUUUGGCAUGUGAGAGAAAGUGUCAGACACUGAGAGAUUGUGGACGCCAUGCUUGUAGAAAACGAUGUUGUGAUGGGAACUGCCCGCCAUGCGCAGAGAUCUGUGGUAAGAGGCUUCGAUGUAAGAAUCACAAAUGCCCAGCGCCGUGCCACAGAGGUCCCUGUGCUCCUUGCCCUGUGAUGGUUACAAUCUCUUGUCUGUGUGGUGAAAAACACUUCGAUGUUCCCUGUGGUACUGAGAUGGAUCAAAAGCCUCCAAAAUGUCGUAAAUUAUGUGGUCAACCUACCUUAUGCAGGCAUCGCUCAGAUCGCAAGCCACAUAGAUGCCAUUAUGGAGCAUGCCCUCCGUGUCGAUUAAUUUGUGAGGAAGAAUAUUCAUGUGGUCAUAAGUGCAAAUUAAGCUGUCAUGGUCCACAACCCCCGCCUAACCCAGAAUUCUCGUUGAAACCAAAGAAAAAGAAACAUCAUCAUCAGAGUGAGUGUACUCCAGGAUCUCCCUGUCCUCCUUGCCCAGAACUUGUUUGGAGGUCUUGCAUUGGCCAGCAUCUUGGAGCAGAGCGGAUGAUGGUUUGCUCUCAGAUAUCACUGUUUGCCUGUGAUAAUUUGUGUGGAAAUCCUCUGCCUUGUGGCAAUCACUAUUGUACAAAAACUUGCCAUGCUUUGAAGAGCCAGUCCCCAAAAUCAUUGGUUCAACGCAACAGUGAGGCUUGUGAAAAGUGCCGUCUUCCCUGUGAAAAGGAGAGGAAUCCCACUUGUUCACAUUCAUGUCCUCUUCCAUGUCAUCCUGGGGAUUGCCCCUCAUGCAAAGUUCUCGUGAAACGAUCUUGUCAUUGUGGAGCUAUGGUCCAUGUUUUCGAGUGCUUGUACUAUAACAGUUUGUCGGAAUUGAAGCAAAUGGCUGUCCGCUCAUGUGCUGGACCCUGCCAUAGGAAGUUGCCGAAUUGUACACAUUUAUGCCCGGAGACCUGUCAUCCUGGUCCAUGCUCAUCAUCUGACAAGUGCAGCAAAAAGGUUAAUGUGCGUUGUGCAUGCCAAACCUUGAAAAAGGAGUGGCUAUGUCAAGAUGUUCAAGUAGCUUACAGAAAAGCAGGUCGUGAUCCGAAAGAUGCGUCUAAAAGUCAAUUCGGAGUUGGACUUCUUCCUUGUAAUUCGGAUUGCAAGAGUAAAAUAAAAGUUGUUGAGCCAGAAUUACAUUUGCGUAAACCUAAAGACUUGGAGGAAAAGGAGGCGGAUACUGAAAAGCAUGCACCAAAGCGUAGAAAACGACGGGAUCGAGUACACGAAUCAAAGCAGAUAUCGAGAUUUCAGAAACUCGCCGCCACCAUCAAAUGGCUUCUUCUAGUAGUCACCAUUGUGGCAACUCUGAUGGCAGCCGGAUAUUUUGGGUACAAGGGUCUUAUGUGGCUUAACGAUUGGAUGAAUGAAGCGGAAGGACAAAAACGAAGGACAAAAUACCCCCGAAUCUAAUCAUUCCUAAGCCGUACGCUGCGCAGUUUUAGAUACUUUCCAUUUACACUGAUAAAACCAUCACCAAAAUUCUUUUUACCAGAAGCUAAACAAAUGUUUUUUUAUGACCAAAUUUACAAUACAUGGAAAGAGUGCAGAAAAUUUUCAAAUUUGGUUUUCUGCUAUGUAUAAUAAAAUGGGAUUUUAAAUGUUAUAAAUAUGUUUGUUUGAACA